UAACGUACCGUUUCCUCCUUUACUAACAAAACGAAGAAGAAUAGGUUUGGUGUUAUCCAACUAGCUGAGGCUAUGGUUUUAGUCUGUUUUCUUUACUAAAAUGUCAUUUCUUUUUAACGAAAUGCUUGCUUAAUAGUCAUACAAAUAUGGCUGAAUUGCCUGAACAAGGACAUCGACGGUCCGACCGCGACUGACGCCUUAACCUCCCCGGCUCGCCAGUGGCUGAGAGACAAGAUGUUGCUGAAGAUGCCCCAGAAGCUGCUGAAGACAGCCCACUACAUGGAGCUGGGCAGCUACCAGCACUGGCCGGUGCUGAUAACCCAGAGGAUAAGACUGUACACCUACGAACAGAUCCCCCUCUUCCUUAAGGAAAACCCCUACAUCACAGACGGCUACAGGGCCCACCUGCCCUCUAAACUCUGCCUGAGGAGUAUUUUCAUGCUGUCCAAUGAGACUGUGAACAUUUGGAGCCAUCUCCUGGGUUUCCUGCUCUUCUUCUCUCUGGGGGUCAACGACCUCUCCUCAGUACUGCCGGCCUCUGGAGCGAAAAGAGAGGACUACGUCAUCUACGCUAUAGGACUAUUCUGCUUCCAGGUGUGCAUGCUGUGUUCUGUGGGGUAUCACCUGUUCUCGUGCCACCGAUCAGAGAAGACUUGCCGUCGCUGGCUGUCUUUGGACUACGCAGGCAUCUCUGUUGGCAUCCUGGGCUGUUAUGUACCCGGGAUCUUCUACGCUUUCUACUGUAACGCUUUUUGGCGACAGGUCUACCUGCUGACAGUGUUGUCACUGAUCCUGGCCGUCUUCUGCGCUCAGGUCCACCCUCAUUACCUCAGCAACGACUGGCGACGGAUUCGGAUGACGAUCUUCUGCUGUGUUACUGGCAUCAGCGUGAUUCCUGCAUGUCACUGGGUCUGGCUCAAUGGAGGAUUCACCACUGAUGUUGUACAGCUGUUCCUGCCUCGUGUGCUAGUGAUGUACCUAAUAGCUGGAUCUGCCUUCUUGUUCUACGUCACCAAGAUCCCUGAACGCUACUUCCCUGGCCAGCUGAACUACCUGGGUGCCAGCCACCAGCUGUGGCACGUACUGGUGGUGGUGAUGUUUUACUGGUGGCAUCAAACAGCUGAACACAUCAUGCACUUCAGGCACAGCCGGUCCUGCCCGACCCCGACCAACAGCAGCUAAGUUGAACUGAUCCAGUAAUGUUAUGGAAAGGCAUUCUGUUGCAGGCUAAAAGCUAUACAUUUUAGUAGACAUCAGUUCCACUCCUUAUGUUAAUAUUAAAACACUUCUUACCAGUUAGCAGCUGGUUAGAAGUUGCUGCCUAAAGGUCUUCAACCACAAGCUCCUGACUGUAAGCUGCUAAGGUGUAAAACUGAGAAUCUAAUGGUAGCUCUUAGCUUUCACUGAGCUGUUGGUUACUGUUUGGCUGCUUUUAAAGGCCAGUAUAUACAUUAAGUCUUCUCACUCCAACAGUAGAUAUCAGCUAGGAGUGACUAGACGCUACUGUAAAUUUUAAAACCACUUAACCACCAUAACCAUUAAGAUGCAUGAAGUUGGAAUUUAAAUUGUUUUUUUAGAAAUAGACUAGGGUUUGGUGUUUUUAAUGUUUUAUCUCAUGGUUGGUUGAGAUUGGGAUUCUUUUUUUUUUUUUUUUUUUUUUUACAGAAGUUUUGUAAAAUAUCUACAAGGAUUCCGUUGAAUCAAACAUAAAUGCCUGUGUGAACAAUUACUUUAUAUUUUAUUCUAUCAGUUCCUACAAGGUGAGAUUGUAUGAAAUGUCUUGAUGGAACUUCAACAUGUGAACACUGUGAACUUUCGAACAAAUAGCUAAAAGUCAAUCACUAUCACUCUGCAAUGACUAAGAAGAAAAUGUAGGAACCAUAUGUAGCCUACAGUACAUUAUUUUCUUAAAUCUGUUUGAUUCUUAUGUGUACUGUUUUGUGUUUGGAACAAAUAAGGUGGCAGUUUUGAAUAACUCUUUACAGUGGCCAAAUCCAGAAUGUUAGUGCUGCAUUGACAAGAUGUCAUAUCAGCCUUAAUAACAGAGCGACACAGUGAUUCAACAUAUUGUACAAUCAGCCUCUUUUGUUAUCAUUGCUAAUAGUAGAGUAUUAAAUUAAACAGGACUCGUCAUCACAAGGCAAGUGAUGAAAAAGGCCUGACUCAAUGGCUAGAUCUGUUGAUCAUCUCCGCCCCACAUCGGUCUCCUGAUAUGGUAAAUGAUUUUGGGUUCAUAUAAGGAGUCACCAACUACUGUAUGUUUAUUUGGAAAGUGGUUCAUAAACCCAGUCUGCAUGGCUGAAAUGAGAAAAAUGUUGAUUGUAAUAUGGAUGAAAUUACCCUUUAACAACAGAACUGGACAAUUAAGAAAACCAAAAAAACAUUUUUGCUGACAAUCCAGUGAUUGGUAGCACCUAAACUCUCCCUGCUUUUAAAUGAGGCCAGUGUUAAGUGUUACAGGUACCUGAAACACUUUGUUUCCCACAUCACACUAUGGGUCAUAUUACAAUGUUUAGUGAUUACUUUUUUUUUUACAUAAUUCCAAUCAUGUUUGUAGAUUUUUGCCUUAUUAUCUUUGAGUAUUUGUACUGUAUACACACUUACUGUUACAAUCUGUUUUGGGUCAAAAACAAACAAUGAUCAAACUCAGACUGAUUUCAUCUUUGCUGUUACACCACAACGCCAGUAUGGUUCGUUCUUUUUAUUUAGUACAAGUCAAUGCUUGGGAAAAGAUAUGAAUUUUAGUUGAGAUCACUUACUGUUGCAGAGCUGCAAAACUGGAAGUGACUCUAUUUUUGCCUUUUUGAGUGUGUGUUAUUAUUUUUCAUCAAGAACAUCUAAUAAUCAUAAACUGCUUGAUCUUGUUUUAUCAUCUCAUGAUUGUUUUAUCCUGUGUUUGUGUUUUCCUUGAAUAUCAUUUAUAUGAUAAAGCAUUGGCGCUGAUUUUACGAAAUGUAUAAUAUUUAUUUCAGUGC